UUUUUUUUUUGUUGUUGCUAUAUUACGCUUAUGCCUUAUGGUAAUAAUAUGGUCGUUUGCUGAGCGCCUUGAACAGAACACCGACUUGGAAAUUGAAUAUUUGCGUUCUCAGUGGUCUCACAGUAUUUAAGUUUUCAUCCAUUUCAAUCCGCCGAGUACCGUUUAUUAACUUCACCAUGGUUGCGUUUUCGGGAUCCGGCGAUUCCAAACAGGCGACAAAUGCCUAUAAAGACAAGAGCAAACCAGCUGAAAUCAGAAAAAGCAACAUCUCAGCUGCUAAAGCUGUUGCUGAUGCUAUCCGUACAAGUUUAGGUCCAAAGGGAAUGGAUAAAAUGAUCCAAUCGGCAAAUGGUGAAGUAGCUAUUACAAAUGACGGUGCUACAAUUUUGAAACAAAUGAAUGUUAUACACCCAGCAGCAAAAAUGUUAGUUGAAUUAUCAAAUGCUCAAGAUGUUGAAGCAGGAGAUGGUACAACUAGUGUGGUUGUUAUUGCUGGCGCCCUAUUAGAAGCUUCUGAAAAACUUUUGCAAAAAGGCAUCCAUCCUACUGGAAUUUCAGAUGGAUUCCAAAAAGCUGCAGCCAAAUCUAUUGAGAUUAUAAAAAAUAUGGCUACUCCAAUACUACUAACUGAUCGGGAAAGUUUAGUUAAAAGUGCUUCAACUGCUUUAAAUUCUAAGGUGGUUUCACAACAAUCGUCAUUAUUAGCUCCUUUAGCUGUUGAUGCAGUUCUGAAAGUUGUUGAUCCUGCAAAAGAUACCAAUGUUGAUCUGAAAGAUAUUAAAGUUAUAAAAAAACUCGGAGGAACUGUUGAAGAUACUAAGUUAAUUGAUGGUCUAGUGUUCACACAAAAAUCUUCAAAUGUAAAUGGUCCAAGGAAAAUCGAGAAAGCUAAAAUAGGACUUAUUCAAUUUUGUAUAUCACCUCCAAAAACUGAUGUAAGUAUAAUAAUAUAAUCAUUAUGUCCUAUG